AUGGGGCUUGGUCAGAGAAAAUCUAAAAAGUCGGGAAAAGCUAAAAAUAGAGCAGUAGGAAAGUACGUUAAAACUAAAAGAAGAACUAAAGAUUUUGAAACAGUUCAAAAUGAUUAUAUAAAAGGUGUAAAGUUACCAGUUGAUGUGGAUUUGCCAGGACAUGGUAUGUUAAGAUAUUUUAUUAAUUCAUCAUCUCUAAUGUCUCAUAAUAAGAGUAAAGAUCAUAAAAGAAUGUUGAAGAGAGUUCAGACAGAAGAAGCAUGGACUGAAAAUCAUUCUAUGCUAGCAGCAGAAAUGACCAAGUAA